AUGUCUGGUUUAUUGAAUUCAACCAACGCAACAAACAAUUUCACUAACUUCACUACCGACAGCAAGAAAUUCGAGUACAAGGAAUCCUUCAAUGUGCCAUUGGCGUUUGAAAUUUUGAACGGGUUUCUUGGCUUCUCCAUUAUUGCCUCCGUACUCCUCAAUGGAAUCAUCGUCGUCACCUACUUCUACCAUUCCCACCUACAAAACGGUUUCACCGCACUGAUCGCCAGUUUAUGCUUAUCUGAAGUAUUUCUUGCGGCGUUCGGUAUGACGGGGAUUUUUAUGCGCGGCCUUUACGGAUAUUUCCCGUUGAGUCCAGCAGCAUGCUCAUUUUUCUUGUACUGUAACGAUGUUUUUGGCAGCUGUGUCCGAUACGGCCACAUACUGAUCGCUCUGAAUCGGUUAUGGGCGGUCACCUAUCCUGCACAUUACCGCCGGCAUAACCAAAAUCUGAAAGCGGUGUAUCUAACGGUUUUUCUUGUAUGGUUAUUUCUUAAUGCGCUCCAUAUGGUGGUUGUUAUCCCGGGAAGAAUUUGGCCGAAACCAAUUGACUCAUUGUGCACCAAUAAUGUGGAGUUCCAGAGAAAAGCGGCGUUGGCGGUGGAAAUUCUUGGUAUGACAAUAACGGAGGUUAUCGUUGUCGGUGUAAGCCUUGCGGUCUGGGCAAAACUCUGGCGACGUAGCCGCUGGAAAGUACAACGAAUUGGAAUUCGGCAUAACAGCAAUACCGCGAACAGUACGAAGCAAGAGUCCGCACCGGAUCACAACAACGACACUAAUCCAGCGCAGGAACAGGACGAGGCUCAACGUGCUAGCAACACUUUGGAAAGUGAGCAGGCCCAGCCGUUGUCGGUGCCGGAGAAUGGGAAGAAGACCAAGCGGCACCGGUCGCAUAAUCGGGCACUCCUGUAUCUUGUCGUUGCCGUUAUUAUCUGCUGGACGCCCAAUCAUGUCUACUGGUUACUGGUGGAUGCCGCCGGAUAUUGGAAUACCCUGUUCAUGAUCGUCCAGUUCUUUAUGUACUACCUCAAUUCGUGGAUUAAUCCUUUGCUGUGCUUGGCUGCUUUGAAAGAAUUUCGAAAGGCCAUUAAGAAAACACUUACGUGUUCUUAG